AUGCCAAGCAAGGAUAAGGACGUUCAUGAACUCUUUUUAAAACUCCUUUGCCAUAGAGAUACAAUAGAGAAGAACUUCAGUCAUCUAUUCACCCCUGCAUUAGUAAUUGAUAUUAACUCCACUCCAGUCACUAAGCAUGAUGAUCAUAUGAAGCAUCUCCGUAGGGAAUUGCGAAACAAGGAGAUAGAAGUUAUUAAAUUGCAGGAGAUUGUGCAGGUAGGGUUAAGAGAUAAAGAGAGGUUGAAUGAUGAGAUCAUUGGAUUAAACAUUGAGAACAGUCUUUUACAGGAUAAACUGGAUUCUCUACAAUGCGACUAUGAUAAGUUGAUCAAGCGGUGGUUACUGAAGGCUCAGAACGAGGCCGAUGCGAUGAAUCAAGUAUUACAAUAA